AUGGAUCUGUGGGCGACUUUGCCUUGUCCUUCCAUCCUGCACGGGAAUGGUCUAUUGAACGUUGCUGCCGCCCAACCCCUACUAGAGCAAUUUGCUCGCUACAUAAUGGGGAUGGCUCUGGAUUGUGCUCUCUUUGGCCCCUGUGAUGUGGAAGAUCGACAGGCUAUCAGGCAACACUGUCAAGUUGGUGCAUGGUUGGAACGUGCUCGGCAAUGCUACCCGCCAGCACUGGGGUAUCAUGGUACGCCGGAUCACUUUGCGUACCUAUCUGUUCUCUGUCCUCCGGAGGAUGGGUGGCCUUGGCCAGAAUUUUCUACUUGGCUUUCUGAUUUGCCUUUCGACACGCUACCUGAUAGGUAUCAGCGAUUUGAACCAAAAGAGAUCCCUGUAAAAGCUCGAGCAGUCUUUGUUCCAGCCAUUCUUGUGGAAAAAGAGGACCCUGAUAGCGAUUUGGAUGCUUACGCAAAUGUGUUUGCCACGACUGCAACAACAGUUACGGCUACACCUAACAUCGCUACAGUCCCAGCUCCAGCUCCAAAUGUUGUUACUCCAAGUCCACCGAAAGAAGCUCCACUUCCACCGGUGCGGCAAUUGGCCUCCCCACCUUCCGUUCCACAAGACGUCCUUGAUGCCAUGCAAAAAGUGAGCGCUUUCCAAGAACAAAUUGUUCAUGGUACAUCUGCGGGCACACCUACUAAUCCAGUUGACUUGGUUGCUGGUGAUGUGGAGGAGUAUGACAUUCGCCCAAAUGACUUGGCAACUAGGUUUGCUUCUUCGGCGAAUGAUUCUUUUACUGCAGCAGUCAUGCAAGCUGGCAAUAUUGCUGAUCGACGUCGCUCUAGUUUGGCACAAGGAAAAUUUGGGGCUGGUCCACGAAUGGGUUCGCUGGGCCUUGCUCCAAUGCAGAACGACAUGUUCAACCUGCAGACACUGGCGGCAGCGCUUGGAGUGCGACAGUCUUGUUUUGUUUCAGCUGAUAAAGCGUCUCUUGCAAGUGUGCAGGCACGUCGGACCUGCAGCCCUUAUUUCCUAAAUGUUGCUCUGAUUCUUGCAAGUUUCUUUCCCCAAGAGGAGCAACCCUAUCUGUGUCUGUCUGAUGAUCGUGUGGUGGCUGCGACUGAUUGGAUGAAAGUUCCGGAACCAACGCAACUCGCCCGCGCGGCACCUACUACUUUUGGUCUUCAAGAUGCUACGUUCCAUGGCAAAGAAGAUGUGGUGGCUGGCGCUUUUGUGGUGGCUCCAACUAUGGUGGGACGCCACGAAUUCACCAAAAAACCUCUUUGCUAUUUGGACAAGUUCCAGCUGCUUUAUGAACGCGUGGAGAGGAAGUGGGAUCCUGCUGAGUUGGAUGUGAACGGCCAUACUUUGAAGGGUCUUGCUCGUGUGACAACGGAACAGGGAUUUGUCAGUCCGGCGGCUUUGCGAAAUCUAAAGGCGUGGGACGGGAUCGUCUGCAUGUUGAUCUCGCCAAUCCUUGAUGGCAUGCACCAGCUUAUGCUGAAGCAAACUGGGCCCCAGUGGUGCACAACUUCUGGAAAAAGAAUCUCUCACGGCGACAUGCAUUCCAAUUCCAUUGGAUUGUCGUGUGAAGAGGAUGUUUCGACAAAGGUUCCCAUCAAAACGGACUCGGAAUUUGACGAAAAGGAGGCAGAAGAAGGAGAGACGGAGGCGGCAAGUCCCUUGGCGGAUGGACUGGUCAUUGGUGGUAGACGGCGUUAG